GGGUUCAUACACAUGCGGCAGCCUCUCUGUGGAACAAGUAGCUACUGAACCUUAAUAGAGAGACAAAGGAGAGAGAGAGAGAGAGAGAGAGAGAGAGAGAGAGAGAGAGAGAGAGAGGUGCCAAAUGAAAGAGUGUAAUCAGCAGGACCGGGGAGCGCAGACACAGCGGAGGAUCUUUUAAUAUUCCCAUUUUAUGGUUCUCGGAUCAUAAACACUGCGGGACUUUAUAAACAUGCACCUACUGGGAAUAUCUCUUUUCCUCGCAUAUCUUCGCUUCACCAGCCUCGCGAGCGACUUCAGCCACAACGACUAUUAUGAUUACUACGAGCAGGAGCAGACUGACGAGCCGGACUCUCCACCAACGCCAGGCAUGGAGCAGAAGUUGCGUUCAGCCUCCAGUGUAGAUGAACUGAUCAGUCUCAUCUAUCCUUUAUACUGGGCCACUCUGAAGUGCAGGUCCAAACUUUCUGCUGCCUCCUCAGCCUCCAAGCUUUCUCAGAGGCCACAGCCUCGCCAACUGAGGCCGCUGCCUGUUACAGAAGAGGCAACAUUCGCUGCUGCCUACCUAAACUUGGAUGUCCUGAAAAGUAUAGAGUCGGAGUGGAGGAAGACUCAGUGCAUGCCCAGGGAAGUGUGUGUCGACGUGGGCAGGGAGUUCGGGGCUCCGAACAACAUCUUCUAUAAACCACCCUGUGUGUCCGUCUACAGAUGUGGAGGAUGCUGCCACUCUGAAGACAAACAAUGCAGGAAUAUCUCCACUGGAUAUCUCAGCAAAACUCUGUUUGAAAUCACAGUGCCGAUCACCCAGGGCACCAAGCCAGUGACUAUCAGUGUGGCCAACCACACUCAGUGUAGCUGUCUGUCCAAGCUGGACGUCUACAGACAAGUUCACAGCAUCAUCAGGAGAGCCCUGCCUGAGUGUCCAGUAGCUAACAGGACAUGCCCUCCUGGUAAGACUUGGAGCGGCACUCAGUGUCGGUGUGUCAGCAUGACCGCCAAUGUCAACCACAAUCCUCCUCCUCCACCACUGCCCCCUCCAAGGCCCUCCCACCAGCACCUUGACAUAUUCUCAGCAGAUGUGUGUGGCCCAGAUAAGGUCCUGGACAUGGAAACCUGCCAGUGUGUGUGUCAGCGUGGGGAUCAAGUUCAAGACUGCGGGCCUAACCGACACCUCGACCGUAACACCUGCAAGUGCAUUUGCAACAUCCCGCUUGCUCCCUGCCCGCUGAACCAUGUCUUCAAUAAGGAGACCUGUCAGUGCACAUGUAGCAAGACGUGUCCAAGGCAUCAGCCCCUCAAUAAAACAAAGUGUUCCUGCGAAUGUAACGAGUCACCCAAUAAGUGUUUCCUAAAAGGAAGUAGGUUUCACCAAGCCACAUGCAGUUGUCUCAGGCCUCCCUGCGAGGAAAGGAGGCGGAGGUGUGAACCAGGUUUCUCCUUUAGUGAGGAAGUGUGUCGCUGCGUACCGUCCCACUGGAGACGGCUGGACUAACCGCCUGGGUAACGACACCCUAACGAGAUGCUAAUGAGCAGUUGACAAACUUAAGUAGAGUUCAUCACCCAGCCCCUGUAGACCUGCUCGUCAUGAGUAUCCCCAUCAGCUGUGAUGGCAGCUAAGUGUGCGGACCCUGAGUGAUGUAGGGAAAUCUUAGUGACCGGAGUGCAGAUAUGGGAAACUCUGGUGAUUUGAAGGUGGGAAAUGCACUGACUCAACUAUGAGGACAUUUUAUUGGGAGAGAGGCUGAUCAGAGCCCAGAAACGAAAGGAAGGACUGAAAGAGACAGAGUCACUCGACACUUGUUUUAAAGUAUUGUCUGAAUUAUGUGUUUUAAAAUAUUUUGGGGGUUUUGUAUUAAUUAUGUCACAGUAUUCUUAUGCCAGAUAUUGAUUAUAUAAUUUAUUAAAUGUUAUUUUUCAACCUCUGUUUAUUGCAAUUUCAAUCUUUUUCCAUGAAAAUACACUGUGAUCAAUAUUUUUGUAUCAUGUAUAGUAUAUGAGUAUAAUAAAGAGUACUGGAUGUUGUAUAUUGUUAACAUAGUUUGUCUGUUCUGGUGCAAAUUAUACUGAAAUUAUUCUGAUCUUAAUCCACCUGAGAAAAAUCUGAAAAAUACACUCAGUGCUUGUUCAAUAGUAAAAUUUGGGCCCCUGGUAAAAGCCAAAGGUAAAAUCUAUGUUGCUCAUAGCACCAAGACUAGAUGUUAUGCUCAGUAGAAGGAGAACCACUCAGGUAUUCCUUCUAUUGAUUUCAGUUGAUUCAUAUUUGUGAAACUGAGAAGCUAUAGAGCUUUUAUACCUGUGGAAAAUAUAAAAGCAGCUGUGACAUGAGCUGAUGAUUUAGGCUGAUGAGAUCUUACAAGAGCUUUGUGUGUCACAUGUCAAUGGGUACAUAAUGGUGGACUGUUACAUGUAAAAUGAUUAGUAUUCUUCAUACUUAAACUUAAGGCUCUGUGUACCUACAGUUAAUCAUAGACAGCGGGUAUUACAUAUGACACCAAACACUGAUAUUCUUACCUGUCUUUUUAUUUUGAAGUCUGACAACAAUUUGGUGUUGUUUGUUCAUUCCAUGUUCUUGAUCUGUAUGCUAAAGUAAAGGCUACUUGGUGCAAUAUA